UAGAGCAAAUAUUUUGGUAGUAAUAAAGCUGAAGAAAAUGAAAUUCGUGACAGUGUGUGGUAUUUCAAUGGCGAUGCUAAUAUUUUCCUGUUUAGUCAGCCAAAAUCAGGGCCAAGUUCAACAGCAAGAGUGCCUGAACCAGCUUCAGCCUUGCUUGAAUUUCCUAAACAGCAAUCAGAAUCCGCCCGAUAGUUGCUGCAAUCCGCUGAGAAAUGUGAUCAAAUCGAUGCCGGAAUGCUUGUGCAGUUUGAUUACCAUUAAGGGCGCCAACCAAGCCGAACGUGCUGGGAUCAAUGUUACGGAGGCUCAAACGCUGCCUGGCAGAUGCGGUAAACGUAUCAACCCCCUCGGCUGCAUUACCGGUACACCUGAUACACAAUCAAGAAAUUCGGUUCCAAACUCCAGCAGCUCGUCAUUCGGAUUAUCAGGAUUGAUCAAAGUAGUUGCUGCAUCAAUAGGAAUUCUCGUUUUAAGUCCCUUGUAGCAUAUUUGACACGUGUUUAUUUUGUGGGAGAUGUCAAUAAAAUAUAUAUUUGUCGCAAUAAAAAUUUGUAUUUGGACUAUAUAUGUACUUGAAUACUUGGGUUUUAAGCA